GAUGCUGGGGGCAGCUGCGGGGAUGCAGGACGCCGGCCUCCCCCGCCCCUCCUCACUCCGCGUCCUCGAGGCCGCUCCGGGCACCAGCAGCCCCCACCGUCCUCGGUCCGAAGGAGGUGCCUCGCCUUCCCCUGGAUCCCCGGCCGCCGUCGCCAGCAGACUUCCCAGAGGGAUGGUGAUCUAACUUCAGCUUUCACACAAUGAGCUGUAACACCCAGAGACCUGUUGGGGGUGAUGCCAGCCUGAGAGAAAGAGGGCACUAGUGUACAGCCCAUAGUCUAUCAUUACCAUCCGACUGGAUUUGUGCUAAAGCUUCUGUGAACGGGAGAGGUGCCACUGUCUGCUUUGAGCAAGGAAGAACAGCACUGUCUCCUAGAUUCAGUAAAGUACAACUCCUGGCCACAAUGACUCCAACUAUGCCAUCAAUGCAUUUACUUUGAGCCACCUCUGGAGAAGAAAGGUUCACAUUUGUCUGAAAACGCCUCCAGUGAGUGGAGGUGGUGGUUGUGGAGGACGAGGAAGAAAAAGAGGAAGAAGAGGUGGGACGAAACUGUGGCUAUUGCUGUAUAGGAGACACUUAGGGGAGAGGUAACCAAGAAGAGAGAGAAAGGGGAACGAGAGACAUCUCUGUAUCCCCCACAAUGUUCAGGAAAGAAGAGUCUAUCAAAUUGUUCACCUGGAUGUGUAUGGCAUCGUGCAAUAAGAUGAUUGGGAUGUUGUUGAUGCUUUUCCCAGCUAUCUUCUUGGAGAUGACUCUUCUGCCAAGGAGCCCUGGCAGGAAUGUAUUGUUGGUUGGGGGCUCCUCUCAGCGAUCAGUGGCUAGAAUGGAUGGGGAUGUCAUUAUUGGAGCUCUCUUCUCUGUUCAUCAUCAGCCACCAGCAGAAAAGGUGCCUGAGAGGAAGUGUGGGGAGAUAAGGGAGCAGUAUGGCAUCCAGAGAGUGGAGGCCAUGUUUCACACAUUGGAUAAAAUUAACUCUGAUCCCAUUCUGCUGCCCAACAUCACUCUGGGCAGUGAGAUUAGGGAUUCCUGCUGGCAUUCAUCUGUUGCACUGGAGCAGAGUAUUGAGUUCAUUAGAGAUUCUCUGAUUUCUAUUCGUGAUGACAAGGAUGGUACCAAUCGAUGCCUGCCUGACAACCAAUCUCACCACCCUGGCCGGACUAAAAAGCCCAUUGCAGGUGUGAUUGGUCCUGGUUCCAGCUCAGUGGCCAUACAAGUUCAGAAUUUACUUCAGCUCUUUGACAUCCCCCAGAUUGCUUAUUCAGCCACAAGCAUUGACCUGAGUGACAAAACUUUGUACAAAUAUUUCUUGAGGGUAGUUCCUUCAGACACGUUGCAAGCCAGGGCUAUGCUUGACAUAGUCAAACGUUACAAUUGGACCUAUGUCUCCGCUGUCCACACAGAAGGAAACUAUGGGGAAAGUGGAAUGGAUGCUUUCAAAGAGCUGGCUGCCCAGGAAGGCCUAUGCAUUGCUCACUCAGACAAAAUCUAUAGCAAUUCCGGGGAGAAAAGCUUCGAUCGGCUUCUGCGCAAGCUGCGAGAGAGGCUACCCAAGGCCAGAGUGGUGGUUUGUUUCUGUGAAGGAAUGACAGUCAGAGGGCUCCUGAGCGCCAUGAAACGUUUGGGAGUUGUAGGAGAGUUCUUACUCGUCGGCAGUGAUGGCUGGGCAGACAGAGAUGAAGUCAUUGAAGGCUAUGAGGUUGAAGCCAAUGGAGGCAUCACCAUAAAGCUCCAGUCACCAGAGGUCAGGUCUUUCGAUGACUACUUCUUGAAACUGAGGCUGGACACCAACACUCGAAAUCCAUGGUUCCCUGAAUUCUGGCAGCAUCGAUUCCAGUGUAGGCUUCCGGGACACCUUCUGGAAAACCCCAACUUUAAAAGGAUCUGCACAGGCAAUGAGAGUUUAGAAGAAAAUUAUGUCCAAGAUAGCAAAAUGGGCUUUGUCAUCAAUGCUAUCUAUGCUAUGGCCCAUGGACUGCAGAAUAUGCACCAUGCUCUCUGUCCUGGACAUGUUGGUCUUUGUGAUGCUAUGAAACCCAUUGAUGGCAGUAAGCUCUUGGACUUCCUCAUAAAAUCCUCCUUCAUCGGUGUAUCAGGAGAAGAGGUGUGGUUUGAUGAAAAAGGAGAUGCCCCUGGAAGGUAUGAUAUCAUGAAUCUUCAGUACACUGAUGCUAACCGGUAUGAUUAUGUCCACAUCGGGACCUGGCAUGAAGGGGUGCUGAAUAUUGAUGACUAUAAGAUUCAAAUGAACAAAAGUGGCAUGGUACGGUCUGUGUGCAGUGAACCUUGUUUAAAGGGUCAGAUUAAGGUCAUCCGGAAAGGAGAGGUGAGUUGCUGUUGGAUCUGCACAGCAUGCAAGGAGAAUGAGUAUGUGCAAGAUGAAUUCACCUGCAAAGCAUGUGACCUUGGAUGGUGGCCAAACAGAGACCUCACUGGCUGUGAACCCAUCACUGUUCGUUAUCUUCAAUGGGGCAACAUAGAGUCUAUUGUAGCUGUGGUGUUCUCUUGCCUGGGCAUUCUGGUCACCCUGUUUGUCACCCUCAUCUUUGUUCUAUACCGGGACACUCCAGUGGUCAAAUCCUCCAGCCGAGAGCUUUGUUAUAUAAUCCUAGCUGGCAUUUUCCUUGGCUAUGUGUGCCCCUUCACCCUCAUCGCCAAGCCCACCAUCACAUCAUGCUACCUCCAGCGCCUCCUGGUUGGACUCUCCUCUGCCAUGUGCUACUCUGCUUUGGUGACCAAAACCAACCGUAUUGCACGAAUCCUGGCUGGGAGCAAGAAGAAAAUAUGCACUAGGAAGCCCCGGUUCAUGAGCGCCUGGGCCCAAGUGAUCAUUGCCUCCAUCCUGAUUAGUGUGCAGCUAACAUUGGUGGUGACCCUGAUUGUCAUGGAGCCCCCCAUGCCUAUCCUGUCUUACCCCAGCAUCAAGGAAGUCUACUUGAUCUGCAACACCAGCAACCUGGGUGUGGUGGCCCCCCUGGGCUACAAUGGACUCCUCAUCAUGAGCUGCACCUACUAUGCCUUCAAGACCCGAAAUGUGCCCGCUAACUUCAAUGAGGCCAAGUACAUUGCUUUCACCAUGUACACCACAUGCAUCAUCUGGCUGGCUUUUGUGCCCAUCUACUUCGGGAGCAACUACAAGAUUAUCACUACCUGCUUUGCUGUGAGCCUCAGUGUGACAGUAGCACUGGGAUGCAUGUUCACACCCAAGAUGUACAUCAUCAUUGCUAAGCCUGAGAGGAAUGUCCGCAGUGCCUUCACCACCUCAGAUGUGGUACGCAUGCACGUCGGGGACGGCAAGCUGCCCUGCCGCUCCAAUACUUUCCUCAGCAUUUUCCGGAGAAAGAAGCCAGGGGCAGGCAAUGCAAAUUCUAAUGGCAAGUCUGUGUCAUGGUCUGAACCAGGUGGAAGAGAGGUGCCCAAGGGACAGCACAUGUGGCACCGUCUGUCUGUACACGUGAAAAGCAACGAGACAGCCUGCAACCAGACAGCGGUGAUCAAACCCCUCACUAAAAGUUAUCAAGGCUCGGGCAAGAGCCUGACUUUUUCAGAUAUCAGCACCAAGACCCUGUACAACGUGGUGGAGGAAGAGGAGAGCGAGCCACCCGUGCGCUUCAGCCCAGCCUGCAGCCCUUCAAGGCUGGUGCAUAGGCGGGUGACCCCUGCCACUCCUCCCCUCCCAGCCCACGUGGUGGUAGACGAGCCCUCCUUGUUCCGGAAGGAGCCGGCCACCGCCCGAGGCCUGCCGGCGCCGCUGCAGCAGCCCCCACCCCUGCCGGAGCCCCAGCCCCAGCCCCAGCCCCAGGAGCUCCUGCUUCUGGACCAGCUGCAGGGCGUGGCCAGCAUCCCGGAUUUCAACAGCUUCAGUGAGGUGCUGGUGGGCCCUGGGGUCCCGGGCAACGGGGGGCGGCCCCUCUACCAGCUCCCGGCCCCGCAGCCUCCGCCUCUGCCUCUGCCUCUGCCGCAGCAGCAAGUGCUUCCCCUCCAGCUGAGCACCUUCAGCGAUGAGCCCAUCUCGCCCCCGGCCGAGGAGGGGGACAGCGAGAGAUUCCAGCUCCUCCAGGAGUAUAUAUACGAGCAAAGGGGGGACACGGAGGAAGAUGAGCUGGAGGACGAGGAGGAUGAAGAAGAGCAGGAGGAAGGGGGGCUCCGAGCCACAGGCAAACUGACCCCCGACGCCUCCCCUGCCCUGACGCCUCCGUCGCCCUUCCGAGACUCGGUGGCCUCGGGCAGCUCGGUGCCGAGCUCGCCCGUGUCCGAGUCAGUGCUCUGUACCCCUCCAAAUGUCACCUACGCCUCGGUCAUCCUGAGGGACUAUAAGCAAAGCUCAUCCACCCUGUAAGGGGACGGAGCCUGGGGUCAGUCACAGGAGUAAGGGGAGCUGAAGAGGCUGGGAGAAGAAAUCCGGGGAAGACAGAUCCGAUGCUGAUCCAAGUACUGGGGGGGGGGGGGUCGGGGUCUCUCUCCUAACCAGUGAUCUAUUCACCAGAGAGCUUUGAUGCUUGAAUUAUUCAAAAGUGUGCUCUAGCUGCAGGAAGAGGAUUCUGACAAAGCACAAGCCCAGACGCUAUGGCUGUACAAUAGGGAGGGCAAAAGAAUGUUACUGUUUUUGCUUUGUUUUGCUUUUUAAAAUUCUUCUUGCACAGGAUCAUCCAUAAGCACGCAGACCACCGUAAAAAGCAAACUCAUUGAUUAAAUCAUUAGCACACGGGGGGGGGGUGUUUGAGGUGAGGGCGGGGCAAAGGAAUUUGGGAGGCCAAGACCCUCAUUGGCUGAAGAGAGAACCGUGUGAAGCUCCCUGGAAACAGGUGGUAUGACUGCUUCUCCCCUCUUCUCUACACCUCUUCUCUCCCACGUGAGACCCUCACCUGUGUACAAACUAUAGGGGUCUCUGAGCGGACGCUGUAACUCGAAUGACAACGUCAGAAUUUGAAGUGGAACCAAGGACCUAAUUCCUAGUGUUUUCCACCAGAGCCCCAACGUCAACCUUGCUGUGCCACCGGAAGAAAGUUCUGUGCCCCCAAGCUGCUGUUCGGUGACUUAUCUUUAUUUGGCAAAACAGCCUGAAGGGGAAAAUAAGAAAAACGUCACCACAAAGUGUUUCUUUCAGCACACUCAGCUUCUCACAUUAGUUUUUUGUUUUGUUUUUGUUUUGUGUUUUUUUUGCUGAUUUUGAAAAGGGGUCAGAACCAGAGACCAAAUAGAGUUGGGGGCCUUUGUUGUGUGUGGAACUUAAAUCGUGCCAAGGGCUUGGAGCUGCCCAUUUGUUGACCAGAACAAAUCCUGUGGCUAAACUGUUACCCUACAUUUACUGUAGCAAAUAAUAUUUACCAAUUGACCUUCUGUAACAAGUAUAUUUACUACGUGGCUUCAUUGUUCUUCUGUGUUACUAGGGCAGUAGCUUCAUCUUUGAAGAUAGUUGUGUACUCCUAGCAAAGAUGACUACUUUAGCUGAAAAGCAAUUAUUUCCUGUUGUCGCCAAAGUUAUUGUAAAAGGAAGUGAACAAAUAUGUCCCGUGUCUGUGUGUGCUUGUGCCUCUAUGUGUGAAAUGUAAUGUCAACUGCCACUGAAAGAUUGUCCUACAGAUAUAGUAUUGAUAUUUUUAUGUUCAAAUCAUGUUUUCUAUAUAGCAUUGUUAUAAGUAUAUACAGUAAGUAGCUGUUUGCAGGUUUGUAUGCUGUGCUCUCAAACAUUUUUCAUAUGCAGCUAAGACAGUGUUACCCUGCUAAACUGGAGUUUGUUUUGCAGAUGUUUUAUGAUGUGGGUAGAUUAUUAAUAAUUUAAGUGCUUCAAGGAUUUGUCAUAUUAAAUGUUUGCAAAAAAAAGUAUGGGUGACAACAAAAAGGUGCAUUUUAUACUGCUUGCACACACCAGUAUUAAAACUUAAGAUUGAAAAAUACAGUAUUUAGAAUAUUUCUUGUUGCUUCGAUAUUUAAAAUUUCUACGAUUUUAGUGCUUAAAGUGGACACAAACAACUAAGACUACUGCAGAUUGCCCAGUCAUUAUCGGUAUUUUUAUUUUGCUUGGAGCCUUCUUUCUGGUCUUUCUUUUAAGCAUUCUUCUUCACCUUUAUGUUUGCUAUUUAGGGAGACGAGUUAUGACUGGCUAAUGUCCAUUGACAUAUAAGCUAAUCAUCCUGCUUUCCAGUCAUUUCUCCAGGCAAUACAGAUUUUCUGAAAUAAAAUGUUUUAGAAAGUUCAUUUCACUCUGGUAGGACCAAACACAUAUCCAUAAUCAGUCAGACUUCUUCCUUUGUUUUUGGAACGUUUCUCACCCUUGGUUUAUUACUUAUCCCCAGUUUCAUUUUUAACAAACUCUCUUCCAGCCAAAUUCCAAUCCAGGCCCCUAUAAUAAAAAGUAUCCACAGUGUUAAGAUAUUUGGUUAGCAUCCACUGUCUAAUUCACCACUUAGUGCUUAUGCUGACUUUCUUUAUCUGUUUUGACAUUAAUCACUGCCAAUUUCAUCCAGUUUGUUAUGUAAAAUUUGAAUAAACUUUCCUUAACUAAAAUUAUUUUUAAGCAAUUUUGGUGAAAAUUCAGCACCUUGCAACUGAAAUGUAAGCUUCAAAUCUCAGAUUUUCAGCUAGUUGAAGCAGACAAAAGAAAAAGGCAAACAUCAUAAUGUCUUGUAGGUUGAUUUCCACAAAUUGGCAAGCAAAUUAGCAGAGUAUCUAUUAUUAGUCAAAUAUAUUUUUGUCUUAAUGCCACUGGCAUAUGUCCUUAGUAUUACAGGACUUGUACUUUCCAGUUUUCUUUACAAAGCUGGAUUAGAUGAGGAAAAUAGCUUCCUGUUAUUCCAAUAAUGUAAGAAGACAAUUUGUCCUGAGUCUCUGAUUUAGGAAAUUUGAACACUUUAAGCACUAACUCUAUUAUGAAUACUUAAUAAUAUUAAUAUUACAAGUAUGAGUUUUCUUGAGAUAUACUAUAUUAUUAGUUCUUAGAACAUAAUUGCUUAAAAUUGGAGAUGUACACAUACAUACAGCAGACCCAAAGGGCAGGAAUUACUCACUUUAGUGUAUGUGUUUGUACAAGUUGUUAAGCUUCUUGUAAAAGUAUUUUCUUUUGGCUUGAUUGAUAUUGCCUUUUGUCAAAUGAUCUUGAUAAUGCUGUACAAUAAAUAUUUUCUAUUUA